ACGCUGGUGUCUACGAAUGAAGCUUUAACGCAUAACAAUACUGGCAAAAAUCACAUCCAUUGGGCCAAUCGUAGCACACAAGAGUUCGAAACACUCAAUGGUGUAACAAGUCGAUUUAAUCGGAAAUUCACGGCACCUCUUCUAACUUGGCGAUUAUUCGUAUUGGCGGGUGAAUUUGUGAAACUACACUAUCCAGAGAGUUACUCAAAAACACACAAAAAUCCGUGCGAGCAUUUAGGAGGAUUUCACUCACAAACAUACCUACAGAUGAAUUAUAUAUACGUUUGUACGGCGCCACGCCAUUUUUCUCCAUGAGUAUAAGAUUAAUUUCAUAUAUCUUCACACGAAGUUCGAGUACUCUACCAUGAACAUUUCCAGAGAUAUUCGGCUGGUCGAUCUACCACCACUAGCCACCAACAAUUUAUGGAGACGAAUAUAGGUAAAAUAAAGAAAAUUCUCGCAAGUAACAACUACCCACACCACCUAGUACAAAGCCUAAUCGUACAGAAAGUAACAGAGAUAAAUAAAGAUCAAAACAAAAUGCCAACCACGAAAACAACAGACGGAACAAAGCGAUAUCAUAGUGUGACCUACAUUCCAAAGUUCCAUCAACAACUUGACCACGAAAUAACCACCAACAACCGUAAUAUUAAAUUGGCAUACCGAACCAACAGCACACUAUCUUCGAUCUUCACACCGAUCAAGCUCCACCAACAAAACAACGAGGUCUAUGAAAUCCCAUGUAUAGGCAAAGAAAACGAAGACUGCAACAAAGUUUACAUAGGGACAACAAAACGUGCACUAGGCGUUCGCCUUUCAGAGCACGAAGCCGACAUAAAGGAAAAGAAAAACAGCACAGCACUAGCACAACACGUACUUACCAGUGGUCAUACAGCUGAUCUAGCUAACGUCAGAAUAUUGGACAAAGAGAAGAGGGAACGGGUAAGAUACCCAAUAGAGAGUUUACGUAUACUACAGAAAAGGGAAAAAACAAUCAACCAGAAGGAGGACACGGAGGAUAUCGCGGCUGCUUACAUUUAUUUAUUUAUUUAGUCUACAGAAAAAUGUUUUCAUACAG